UAAAAUUUUAACAAAAUGGCUUCAACUAAAAAUCUAGAGGAAAUAUCUCAAGAUGAUUUGUUAGAAAAUGGUGAGGAGGAAGAGGUAGAAGGCUUGGACGAUGGCGAGAAUAAGGAUCCCGCCAAAAAGAAGAAAAAGAAAAAAAAGAAGAAGAAGACAGGAGCAGAACCUAUCAACCUUGCUGGUGGAGAACCUGAAAUUAUAAGUACAACGGACCAAGUCCAGGCCAUCUCAGUUGAAGAUGAUACCACGGAAGGAGAAGAGAAGAAAAAGAAAAAGAAGAAAAACAAGAGCAAGGGCAAAGGCCCUUCUAAACAGCAGAGCAACCCACCUACCAUACCAAUUGCAGAACUGUUCCCUGAUGGUAACUACCCUGAGGGUCAAAUUAUGGAACAUGGCAAAGCUGAAGGAAUUGAUGAAAGGACAGCGAAAGAUCGCUUCUCCAGUGAAGAAAAACGGGCAUUGGACAGAAUGCAGAAUGACAUCUAUCAAGAAGUUAGGCAUGCAGCUGAAGCUCAUAGGCAGACUCGGAAAUACAUCCGUGACUAUAUAAAACCUGGUAUGACGAUGAUCCAAAUCUGCGAGGAGCUGGAAUCUACGGCCAGGCGCCUCAUCGGAGAAGACGGGCUCAAGGCGGGCCUUGCUUUCCCCACUGGGUGCAGCCGCAACCACUGCGCCGCCCAUUACACCCCAAACACUGGUGAUACAACCGUUCUUGAAUACGACGAUGUCGUGAAGAUAGACUUUGGGACGCACAUCAACGGUCGUAUCAUCGACUGCGCGUUCACGUUACAUUUCAACCCGCGCUACGAUUCACUCGUGAAGGGCGUGCAAGAGGCUACCGAAGCCGGCAUCAGGGCUUCCGGAGUGGACGUCAGGUUGUGCGACGUUGGCACAGCUGUGCAGGAGGUAAUGGAAUCACACGAAGUGGAGCUAGAUGGCCAGGUAUACCAAGUGAAACCGAUCCGCAAUCUUAACGGCCACUCCAUUGGACCUUAUCGUAUCCAUGCAGGAAAAACUGUCCCGAUCGUGAAGGGAGGUGAAACAACACGUAUGGAGGAGAACGAGUUCUAUGCGAUCGAGACUUUCGGUUCGACUGGCCGCGGUCAAGUUCACGACGAUAUGGACUGCUCUCACUACAUGAAGAACUUUGAACAACAAUUCGUGCCAUUAAGACUGCAGUCGUCGAAGCAGCUACUGAACCUGAUCAACAAAAACUUCGGGACCCUGGCAUUCUGCAAGCGGUGGCUGGAGCGCGCGGGCGCGACUCGCUACGCCAUGGCGCUGAAGGACCUGUGCGACAAAGGCGUAGUCGACGCCUACCCUCCUCUCUGCGACAUCAAGGGCUGCUACACAGCGCAGUUUGAGCACACCAUCCUGCUCAGACCCACUUGCAAGGAGGUCAUAUCUCGCGGAGAUGACUACUAGCCAUUCUGCAGAUCGCCCCCUCGUUUCAAAAAUGUUUCAUUUCGUCUGUAGUUCCACCAAAUCGAGUGCCGAUGCGACGCCUCGCCUUACCGGUAAGGUAAAGUAGGAACACGAUAGCACUAUAAUGAAUACUAUAGAACCUUUCAUAUGAUUCAGUGAUUAGACUCCUAACGUGCGUAUCUGCGAUUACAAAUUCAUAUUGUUUUCGAAGUUGCGCUGGCGCAUUGUAAUGGUGAACUGCAGAAUUAUUUUUGUAAUGUUUUCGUGUGUAUCAAUUUCGGAAAUACUAUAGUUCUGGUUAAGUUUUCUUUUGUUUUUAUUCUUUUUGGAAUGGGUGCUGCUGUAUAUGUAGGUCUUGAUGUAAUCAUGACGCUCACCUGCAAUAAGACUAUAAUGAUUAAAACGAAAUUAGCUUAUAUCAUUUUGUAGAAAAGCUUCGAUAGUGUCGCUUAAUUUCCUGUAUCAAAUAAACAGGCGGCAUUAAUUUGAUGUUGGAUUGUUAUUAUUCUCACCACUAACAUUAUGUUUAUACGGUAUUGUAAAAUGUGAUAUGUCCAUUUUCGUAACAAUUUUGUCAAUAAAUCAACAUUAUUUGAAAUAAAACUGUAC